AUGGCUUGGAGCUCGCUGAAGCAUUGCAAUAUUAAAGGAACAAACAACGCUGCAAAGGCGCCUAACGGCAACAUGACUUUACUCAUCGACAACGUUGGAGACAAUACACCGUCAGAAUCGGCGGCAUACAACCAAGAUGAUGGUCGCUGGCACCCAAAAGUCUCUGCGUAUCGUUUAUCCGUGAUCACGACGACGAUCGCCUUCGGAACGGCAAAGGCGAUAUCGUUUCAAACUGGAAACACUUUCAUAUCGACUACUCUCGAAUGGGCGGCAGGGACUGUUAUCGCUACAAUCUUUUUUAGUGUGAGCUCCUACGACUCCAUCGAUCGAGGCCAAUCAAACCUCCCAAACUGUCUUGCUUGGUUUUUCGAAGUAGAAAGCUUGAACUGUGUAUGGUCAACCUUCGAGUUCUUGUUCACUUUUAAGCGGCCAAGAUACUCUUCUAAGGAAUGUGUACAUGAUCUUCAUGCGUAUGCAUCGCACCCAUUAUUCACUUAUUAUCAACUUCUUGUGUGCACAACUGUGUCGACAUUUGGACUGUCGAAGGCAAUGCUGGCGUAUUUUACUAAUCAGUCAGUCGUUAUGAAUUGGAUGGACUGGACAUUCGCCGUGCCUACAACCACAAUAUUUUAUAUUCUUGGACUCUAUGAAUAUAACAACAACGCUCGAAUAUGGCCCUCAUUCUAUCUUUACGACCGAAAACGUGCCUUAUCGCUUGGAUUAAUGUCAAGCAUUGGCAUAACUAUUUCUUUGGCAUGUAUCUUGGGAAUAUCGGUGUUCGGGUUCUACUAUGUUUGGGGAAGCCCGGAUAUCUUGGAAAAGCCCAGUCGCCAUGAUUCCAAGGACUCCAAAGAAUUUGUAAUUCCCCAUCUUCGUCGGAGAUUGAACUCGCUGAAAAUUUCUGAUGUAGCCCUCCGAACUACAUUCAAGUACACGGUCCACAUUGUGGUCAUCUCCUAG